UUUUUCUAUUGCAGAAUUUUCAUACCAAUAACCACUGGUACCUACCAAGAAAUUUCUAUCUUUUUGCACCACUAAUAUUCCUCUUUCAUUUCCAAAUAUCAAACAUCAAUUUAACUUCUUGUCUGAUCUGAAACUCAAACAUGUCAAGCUCUAAAAAUGGAGUCCAUGUCUUAAUUUUUCCCUUUCCAGCACAAGGUCACAUAUUACCCCUUCUUGAUUUCACACAUCAACUUCUUCUCCAUGGUUUUAAAAUCACCAUUUUAGUCACUCCUAAAAACCUCCCAAUUCUUGAUCCUCUUUUAUCCACCCACCCUUCUGUUCAAACACUUGUCUUUCCAUUUCCCGGCCACCCUUCACUUCCCGCCGGCGUUGAAAACGUUAAAGACGUUGGUAACUCCGGCAAUGCUCCGAUCAUUGCUGGGCUCAGUAAGCUUCGUGGCCCAAUCUUGGAAUGGUUUAAGGCCCAAUCGAAUCCUCCUGUGGCUAUUGUCUAUGAUUUCUUCUUGGGCUGGACUCAAGAUUUGGCCCAAGAACUUGGUGUACCUGGUAUUGUGUUUUACACUUCUGGUGGUUUAUUGGUUUCUAUACUGAGUGAAAUUUGGAGGAAUUUUGGGGCUUAUAGAGAUUUGAGCCUUAUUGAGUUUAAUGGGCUGCCUAAAAGUCCAAGGUUUGUGAGGGAACAUAUGCCUUCAGUGUUUCAAAAGUACAAAGAGGGUGACCCAACUUGGGAGAUUGUGAGAAAUGGGUUUAUUGCUAAUGAUAAGAGUUUUGGGUCAGUUUUCAAUACUUUUGAGGCUUUGGAGAGUGAGUAUUUGGGCUUUUUAAAGAAGGAAAUGGGCCAUGAGCGUGUGUAUUCAAUCGGGCCUAUAAAUUUGGUUGGUGGGCCUGGUAGAAUUGUGAAGUCCAAUGUGGAUGUUGGUGUAAAUGAGAGAAUUUUCACUUGGCUUGAUGAAUGUGAUGAUGGGUCUGUUCUUUAUGUAGCUUUUGGUAGUCAAAAAUUGCUAACAAAGGCCCAAAUGGAGUCUUUAACUAUUGGGCUUGAGAAAAGUGGAGUGAGGUUCAUUUUGGUAGCUAAACAAUUGACAGCCCAACAAUUGGAAGAGGGUUAUGGAUCAGUGCCAGAGGGGUUUGAGGAUAGAGUCUCAGGGAGAGGCCUAGUUAUAAAGGGUUGGGCCCCACAAGUGGAGAUCUUGGGCCAUCGAGCUAUAGGCGGGUUUUUGAGUCAUUGUGGAUGGAAUUCUGUAUUGGAAGCGAUAGUGGCGGGUGUACAAAUAUUGGGUUGGCCCAUGGAGGCGGACCAAUUCAUUAACGCAUGGUUGUUGGUGGAGAACAUGAAAACAUCGGUCCGAGUUUGUGAGGGCGCAGAUUCGGUCCCCGACCCGAUAGAGUUGGGCCGGAGAAUUAGUUAUGCAAUGGGUAAUGACUUGUUUAAGGAAAUGGCAAAAAAAUUGAGAGAUGAAGCACUUGAAGCCGUUAAAAUUGGAGGAAGCUCUAGAAGGGCUUUAGAUGGGAUAGUGAGAGAGUUGUCCCAACUUCAAAGUUGAAAAUUCAUGCCAAUGUACCAAAAAUGUGUAGUUGGGCCAACUCUUAAUCAAUUUGGAUGGGCCUAUGUCUCACACUUAUGUGCCUGCUUAAACUUCAAUGUAAUUGUAUGUGAUGGAGAAAAAUGAGACAAGUUGAUAUUGUCCAUAUUAUCAAGAUAUCUCAUUAUUUCUUUUAAAGUGUUAAAAGUUCAAUUUGUAGAUCGCGGAAUUUGGAAAGCAAUGAACUUUGUAGUACGAAAACUAUGUUGUUACGGAGCAUUCUAUUUAUAUAGGUUGUGUUUCAGCCA